GGAAGCAUUUUGUCUCUUGUUUAACCUGUUUCUCACCUUUCCAUAGUGGAGGAUAAUAACAUAAUGUAAAUGUUGGCAUAUGGUCCAGUUUAUUUUAUGGUGUCAAACGUACAUUAGUUAUUGUAUAUGUUUUUUAGUUAUUUAGUUAACAAAUUGCAAACACACUAAGAACUCAAGCAGAAGACUACAUUUGAAAAUAUUCCCCACAUUCCUUCCUUUUGUCUCCUUUCCUUCAUCUUGCCUUUCUUUCCUUCUUUCUAUCCAACUCUUUUCCAAACCCUUCCAUUUCAUCUCCUCACAGUUACUGUGCUAACUGGCAGCCACUGAGAGUAUAUGGCCAGUAAUACAUCCUCAGUGUAGUCCUAUGUUAGAGAUUUCACUUGUCUUUUUGAUGGCCAAAAGUUACUCACGUAACCACACUGUCUCUAUCUCAGGAAGUAGGGAUCUUGCACAUGACACUUGAACUUUUGACCUGGAGAAAUGCUGCUCUGCAUAAUUUUAAGUUUUUAUAUAACAUCUUCCACACUGUCCCGUAUGCAUGGAGUGCCGUCCCUGAACUGAUUCAUAAGACUAUCUUCUCCCUGAAAUCUCUCCUUAAGACCCCUAUGAUCCCUAAUAAACAAUCAUCUUAGUAAUGAUGGCUAGGCAGAGGGACAGGUAGAUGACAUAGUGAUGCUAUUUUAAUAGUUUUUAUAAAUGUAACUGCAUAUAUAUAUAUAUGCAACUUUGUUUGUGUUUAGUUGUAUUUUUCCAUACUCCUGUAUGUCAUUUUGCUUUCUUAGAUUGUAAGCUCCUGUGAGCAGGGACUGUGCCAUUCACAUGUUUUCAUGAUGUCUAGCCCAAGGAAGAGCCUUAAACCUCCCUGGGCCCCUAGCUGGUAGCUGGUAAAAAAGUCUGUGUGCUGCUCUUUGACAAAGCUCAGUGUCCCUGAAGGGAAGGCUAGGCUGUAGGCGGUGUCUUGUCUCAGCAGUGAAGCUUUUGCUUUAUAAUAUUAAACAAAAUCAAGUUAUUUAUUUUCCUCUCCAUAUUUUUUUCUUCCUUCCUGACCUCCUUUCAGGUCACUAACAGAGAUUCAACUAGCGGUAUUUUCCAUUCUCGAUUCAGAAUAUGUGCCAAAUAAGCCCAUUGCUACUGUUACAUUUUGGCAGCUUCUAAAAGUCUACGUUUAUAGCUAUCUGUCAAGCAAAAUGCAGUUUUCUGGGUCAUAGGUGAGAAGACAUUAAGAUGGAAGUAGUGGCUUUUGUGGUUCUGUUUGACCGGUUUUUUGGUUGUCUUAGGGUGAGGGUUCUGGUUCAGUGGGAGGUUGGGAGAAGGGAAGAACAUAGGCGGUGUUUUUAUGUUGAUUAUUGACUAUAUGCCAUUUGUGACUAAAGAGAAAGUUAAUAAAAUCUUAAGGUUGCACAAAAUUUGGAGCAAUAUGUCAUGGGUAAUACGAUCAUUUUACAGCAGUCUGAUAGCACAAAUUACUAACAAGUAAGGAAUGUUCAGUCUGUGCUGCUGACUUUCUGCUUACAGCAGAUGCCUAACUCUGAGAAAUAACACACGGUUUCGGAUUGUGGCCUUGGAGGGGAUGUGUCUUUAAUGGCAAAAUUAGUGUCUGUAUUUACAAGAUGUCAGAGAGGAAAAAGAGGUGACUCAUGAGUUUUCAGCAACAGAUGAACAGUUGUAGCAGCAAGCUUUUUUGAUGCAGUCCUUACAAUAUAAUUCUAGAUAAUAUUUGGUCAGGUCACUCAUGCUGAAGAAUAUCCAGAAUAUCCAUGCGAAUUAAAAUAUGAGAUUUGAAAAUACUCUAAAUACUAAUAGAAAUUUUAUUGAACUCCUUAUGCAUUUGUUUCAAUCAUAAUUCUUAUCAUCACUGCAAGAAAUAGAUUUCAAUAGAUUAUCAUAAUUAAGAUAAUAAAUUUGACUUCAUAAAAAUUUUAUACAGCUUGUGAAAAGCUUGCUUUUGAAGGAUUCUACCUUCAGUUUUUAUUUUGAUGUACUUGCUAACAACUUGUGGAUUGAGAAUUUUAAAAUGAUAUGAUUCUUAACAAGUACGUACUGGAAACAUCUAGAUGUAUGAUUCAAAAGUUUUGUACUCCAAAGCUUUUUACUGCCAAGAAAAGGGUUUGAUUUAGUGAGUAAUUUGGGAUUUUCAGUGAAAGCUUAAGUAGACAGUUUUUAAAUUAAAAGCUAAUAAAAAAAGUCCUUGGGAGACAUUUGAAGCAUUUAGGAGGAAGUAGAAAAUUAAGGCACUACAGGCUACAUUUUCUUACUGAAAUGCAAUGAUAAGAUAAAACAAAAAAGAACUCUUCUGUAUUAAAAAACCCUACUUUGACGGUGUCGUGAGAGUGUCAGUUGUGAGCUGUGGGGAUUUGUUAUUUAUUUUUUAAUAUAUUUGAUAUGUAAUCAAACUAAAAUAAUUCCUCUGUGUGCUGAUAAUGCUGAUCUUUGGGUUUGCUGUGGGCUAAAUGACCAAAUGCUAGGAUUUUCCUCCUUUAAGCAGUUUAGAUACUAGUGCUGCCUCUCAGAUAAAAUAAAUAAAUAACUGUGAUAUCAUCAACAUAGACUGUUGUUACCUGGCGUCAAGUCUUAGCUGCAUUUGAAUGGAAAAAUAUCAGUUGAUGGCAUUCAAAAGAAAUAUUAUUAGCUCUGUCUGCAAUAAGCAUUCACACUUCAUCUCAUUCUUGUUGUCCAUUGUUUCAAAGGUGGCACAUUGUAAUGGCAUCUGAAACAAUGAAAUUGCAGAGCAAAUAUAUAUGAAUGAAUGCCAAACAGUGGAUUAACUUAAUGUGUUAAGUUAUGUUUGAAGAAAGCCCUCACAAAAGACAUCUGAGUUCAAAAGUCAUUUUUUAAUUUCAAUAUGAUGGAGUUGAUGAUGGAGAUUUGUCUGCAGGAAACAAUGGAAAAAUCAUCAAAACAACUCUUACAGCCCUCACAACAUCAACGUCUUUGAUAGUUUCCAGUAUCUUCAGCACUUCUAUGUAGGAAGAAUGUUUUCUGAUCUUCACCAGACACUGUAUUUUAGAAGAUGAGAUCAAAAGGCAUCAGACUUAAUGAAGAAUUCUUGAACAGUGUCAUUGUAAGUAACUGAUUUGCAUUACCUAUUUGAAAUUCUAAUGAGCUAGCAAUAAUAAGAUGAAGGUUGUCAUACGGUUGGCAUUUUCACAAGCAUGAAGCAAUGAUGCUGGAUGGAAUUUGUGGUUUGUGUGUGACAUAAUAUGGGCUCUAUGCUGAUGAAGGAAAGUUACAAGUUUUACAGCUUGUAGUGUAUCUCAUGUGGAGUCCACCAAAGCAGAAAAGGAUACGGGAAUUGUGUCAUACCUACAGUAUACCUGCUUUUAAAGCACUCUGUAAGAGAAAAGUAUUGAAUGAGAGUGCAUUUUGAGGUGAAAAAUGCUAGGUUUUCUACUGGGGAAAGAAGUAAUUGAAACCUAGCAGGUGUGCUGUUUUUCCACAACUUUUGACACUGAAUCAUAAAUUAACGUGUAACUAUCAGUCCGGAAUGCUUCUUCAGAUAAGGGUUCAUACUGCUUGAAGUCGAAAGCUUUAAAUUUUGAAAAUGCUGGAAAUCCCUGAACAGGGAGGUCAGAUGAGUCACUGUGCUAGUGUUCUCAGUUACACUAGUAUUAUUUUUAAUUUAUCAGGUUGCUCUCUAGUGUAUAUAGUACCUUUCCUUAAUACUCUGUAUUCUUUGCUACAGGACUGUAAUUGAAAAGGUUUUCAAAACCUUUCUGCAUGAACCAACAAGAAAACGGUAUAAAGAAGUUGGAAAAGGAAUUGUAAGUGUUAAAGUAAAUAUAGGUUUUGUAGCACUUGAAGCCAGAUGAGUGAAAUAUGUUGGCAUAUGUGAGUGUCACUUGUUAUAUUCAGAUAUAAUCAACUGAAUAUUGAGCAACAUACCUCAUACUAAAAAUCAUGAGUGGAACAGUAAGAAUUGCAUAUAUCUCCCAUCGUGGUACAGUUAGGACAAUGGAAAACUUUUCAACACCUUUAAUGCGUUCUCUCUCUUUUUCAGGAGCCAUGGAGAUGAAGGACUUACCUCCCUCAUCUCAAAACUCCUUUUGCUGCAAUUUUUCUUCUAAUGUUCAUACACCCAUGUUAACUAAUUCCUAAUACAAUCAAAAAUAAAUGUUUUUAGAUAAUUCAUCAUAGUAUGCUUGUUUUUUCCCUUCGGUUUGUAAGUGUGAGAGUACGUGUAAGAACGGAGAGGCUGCGAGUGUCUUGGUUCCUCCACCUUUCUUUUUCGGUAUCUUUUGGUUGAUUAUGUUUCUUUUCUGACUAGUCCAAAUUUUCAAAUGCUGUCUCUUAAACAGAAUAUCAAAUUGCCACAUAAAUUCCACCUGGCUUGCAGUGUAGGAGUGGGUAUUGACUAUAUUCUCUGCUUUGUUUUUGUUCUUAAACAGAAACCAGUGUUAGACAAUGACCAUUCCUCUGUCAAGGUAGGCUGAAUUGUAAGGCUGAAGGACUGCAGGUCCAUUUUAAAUGUCCGUAUAGUAAUUUUAUCAACUGAACAUACUGUUGAAGAGCUGGUACUUGAAAAUUGUAUCUAGAAAGAAUCUGAGCAGUUACCUGCCUUCCUAAAAUUACUUUUGAUUGUGUGACUAUGAUAUGUAACUAUGACUUAUAUGUAGUAAUGUGAAAUUAUUUUCAGGCCUAGAAACACAAAUAAGACUUUCUUUCAGGAAAGUUUUGAUAGUUCCUGAAUACAUACAAAUAAUUUUUCUAAGUCAUAUAAUUAUGUUUGUAGAUUUUCAGUGAUUAAUUUUACUAACGGUUUUUAUGUUUUACUGAUUUUAUUUUACAUUAUUUUCACGUUUUUGAAUUUUCUGUACAUUGGAGAGUUUGUGCUAAUUCAGACAGCAUAAAUGUAUUUUUACUCACUUCUAGUAGAAUGGAGAUAUUUCAAAUGGCUUGUGUUUUUGAAUGUGUUGCAAAGCACUUCUGUUGUUUUCUCAUGCUAAAUUCUAAAGUAAUAUUCUCUUUCUGUUAUUUGCAAAGUGAAUAACGUGAUUUUGAAUCUGUCGCUUAAGCACAGCCCUAUUAAUGGUUUAUUUGGAUCAGGGCUGGAACAAGUUAAUUCCAGAUUGAUAUGUGCUCAAGGUGGCAGGUUCAUGAGUAUUAGUCUAAUGUCUGAGCUGAAAACUCAAAUCAUUUAAUUUCAAUGUAUAAUUUUUAAUAACCAUAACACUCAGGUGGCAUAGGCUCAGCUUGUUCUUUUUUUCCUCUAAAUUUGAUCAUAAACAAGUUUGGGUUUAAAUCUUGAACUUAAAUACUCUUCCACUGAAUCAAUUGUUUAGCCAUGGUUGGCCUUUUAAUUUUUGGUGAUAUGUUGAGGAACUGGUUAUACGUUAUCUACUUUUAGUCUAUGCUGUUGUUUUUUUCCUAUUCACAUUCAAAUAGCUUAAAAAAAAUUUAAAAAUUAGUUUUCAGUGGGCGUAGCUAAUGCAAUUUCCAAAUAUGUAAUCUGUUUUUCAGCAGAGACACUACAGAUUUAUUUGUCAAAUACAGUUGCUUCUAUGACAAGCAGCAUUAUCACGUGAGCUUCAAUAGUUCAAUUGAGCUUGCUUUUGAAAUUAGCAGAUUAUCUUGAUGCUCCAUCCCCAUUGGUAUUGGACAGCUGUUCCAGAAUUCUGUUCAUCUGCUUCUUUGAAAGAAUUAUCUAGAUUCCCAUGUGUACUGUUUGCCCAAAUUGCUUUUUACACAAUUCUCCCAAUACUGAGGCCUUCAGUCCUGAAGUAUUUAUUGAGUACGUAUCAUUAUUUAACAAACUAAGGAGGGCAAAGUCAUUUGCCUCUGUAGGGGAAGUUAGAAAAAUCCUAAAGGAAUGCAAUGGAUAUGAGAGCGCCUACAUUCUUUCUGUGCAUGCAUAUUUGUAAUGUAACACAUAUUAGCUUCUGGUCUUUAUGCUAAAAACAAAUUACUGGUAGUUAAACCUAAAAGAAAGAAAUAUUUUUAUAUUUUUGUUAAUGAUAAAAACAACACCACAGUGUCAUAUCUUUAUGCUGUUUAAAUGCAUCUCUGUGCAUUUUUAAUAUUCGCACGUAAGGCUACUCCUUUAGUUUUAGUAUCUUAUUUUCAUGGAUAAUUGACAAAGAUACACCAGUUGUACUGGUUAAUGAAAGAAAUUAAACUAAACUUGCACGCUCGCAUUUGGGGAAGGCAGUGGAAACAAAUCAUGUGCGUAUGCAGUACCUGAUGUUACAGCCUAAGUUUCUAGCCCGGUUGACACCAAGGAAGAAUGAAUGUCCUGUGUUUCCAUCACUUUUCAAAAGGAAAAAUUUAUGUGCCAGUUAUUUGACUGUGGUUGACUGCAGAUGCUAGAAAAGGUGGGUGAUACUGCAUCAUAUGGAUGCAACUGGCAUUGUAUUAAGUUUUGCAUAACAGAUUGUGCCUGGUACAGUUUCUGUCUGUAUCUAUCUUAGGUAUUUACAAGGCAUCUAUCACCUUGGUACCUAAGCAGUUUGAAAAAUGCACCCACCCCAGGAGGCAUGAUGCAGAUACAGGCAGAGGCCCAGGUCCAGAGCAGCAGAGGCAGGUCCCGAGAAGCUCCCCAGCUGUGGUACCGCUGUUGUUGAGCUCCUGGCCAACUUGUGGCCAAGGAACAUCUCCACCUACCUGUCAGCAGGAAGACGGUACCCCACCCCUCACGUCCAGCUCUACUGGUGGGGAAUCUGAAAAGGAAAUUUAAAUGGAAAAGGCAACGGUCCAGUAGCAGAGGUGAAACAGAAAUGGUGGGAAUUCAAAAGGAGGGAUUCUUAAAGAACAGCACAUCUCAGGGGAGGGAUCAACUGCCAGUCCAAGUGGCAGAUGUCACUGGGGAACAAGAUGGGGAGGUUCCUGGAUCCUCGGGGCAAGCUGGCCGUCUCCGAGGGAGCUCGCCGUCCACGCCGGCUGAAGAACAGGAAUCCUCGGUGCCUGCCUCUGACGAAGACUCACCAGCCAGGACCACAGAGAGCUGGCAGUGGCCGUUGUCCUCAUCUGAAACGCACAGCAACGUUGGGGAGGAUUUUGAGGGAUUUCAAACGCCAGCGCGGACUCCGGAGUGUACCAUGGACUUGCAGUCUCCAGGGGAUCAGUCACUCAGUAGGACUCCUCAGUUUGAAAGUGACUCUCCUGAGGAGGAGGGCAAUGAUGAGAUGAAUGAAGAGCAACGCGGUGUUGAGCCUGUCCCUAGGGAUCGGGGUUGGAGAGGGCAGCCCCAGCUAACAGAGGGAGAGAAGCUGUUGAUGGAAACCAACAGUAGGAUUGUGCAGCUGCUGGAAAAUAUCAAGAGAGAGCAUGCACAGUCCAUGGGUCUCAUGUCUCAGUCCAUGGGCCGCAUGGAGCUGCAGCUGGGCAUUGUGGCUACCUCCACAAGAGCCAUCCAUAACUACCUGUCAGAGAUUUUAGCUUUUCUCAAGCAGCCACGGACGCAGGUCCUUGAAACACGCAUCUCCCAAAGAGCCACCCCCCAUGUUGAGUUAACCUGUGCCUCGACAUGGACUGGUGAGGACGCAGUGGCAGCCUCCACUGUGUGCUUACCAGGGGCCGAAGGGACGAGCGACUCUCGAGAACCGCCGCAGGCCACACUGCCUUGUCGCAGUGGCCGGCUGCAGAGAGCCAUAACCGAGAGGGCCUCGUUGCCCAUGCCUACACGCCAGGCAAAAGGGGGAGGGAAGAAAAAAUAACCACACCGUAGGAUUUUUAGGGUUUUUUUUAAUGUGCCUGUCCUUUUAAUUCUUAGCCAUAAGGCCAUCAGUGGCAGAUUUCAACCAUUUCCUACAUUGGCUAACAUUGUAUUCUGGCUGACUAGAUUAGUCUAACAUUUUGUAGUUUAUAUUUGCACUGUUAACAAUGUGUGCUGCUGGUAUUUGAAGAGCAUUUGCCUCUGUUCUUUCACUUUAACUUCAUACAAGCAUUUUUUUACUCUGUGCCAGGCAUUCAUUGCUUUUCUUACAAAUACAAGUCAUUUCUUGAGGCAGCUGUUUUUUGAGUUUUCUUUAUCCAUUAUCCCAUCCCCUCUGAGCAAGCAUUCUGGAGCUGGUGGUAAGUAUACAGGUCUUGGCAAUACUCGCCUCCAAAACUGUGUUCGAUCAGUCUUUGCCUGGUGUUUCUGGCAUGCCAGCCUGAGGUGUUGGGGUUAGCCUGUACUGGAUCGUGAUCAUUCUUAUCCUCUGUGGGUCUGACAAGCUCACUUUCUAAGACCCUCGGUGGAGCUAAUCCACGUGUCUUGGCUAUGUUGUAUUAGAAGUAAUGUUGCCAGGAUCAUACCUCAUAUUUAUCUUUUGGGGCUUGUAUAGUAAUGUGCCACCAGAUCUAUCUAGGCACCUGACUCUCAUUUUCAAAGUUCCUUUUACGAUGGAUCUGGUGGUUGGAUGGGCAGCAUUAUAAUUUUUCCUCUGAGAGAGUCUGGGGAUUUGAAACGGGAGUCACUAAGCAAUGUGUUCUUGGGGAUAAGAGCCAUCUCCUGCACCAAAUCUACUAGGAGGAGACUGUCCCCUGUAAUUAUCACAGAUAAUAAUUAUUUAAGUAAAUGAAAAGAAAAAAGAAAAAAAAAAAAAAAAAUGACUUGCCUAGCAGCCAGACCUCUUGAGAAUGUAAAUGUCGUGACUUGCUGUUGGGUAUUCUGCUACUAUGUCUGUGAUUAAGAGCUUUUCAUCAGAGAUAACCUAUGUGCUGAUAAAAUACAACUACUUUCUGUGCCUUUAGGCCAUCUAAUUUCCUGAGGGCUCGCACCCUGAGUAGAACACGGGUGCAAUUGGUAACCCACAGGGCAGAUGGAAAUGCACUUUGCAAUAAAUUAUUUUAUAUCUGUUGGUGCUGCCUCUCUCGGGGGAAUUUAAUAUAGUGGCACUCAAAUUGCUAUAUGCAUGCAGAGGCAUCAGACUGGCUUAUCCAUGUGGUAUCCCUGACAGUUCUCUGGAAGGAUGCUGUUACCAGGAGUCCCUUAAGCGUGGUAACUAAUGAUCACAGGUGUAGCAUGGCUCCUGUGUUUGACUCUCCGCAUACCUUUGUAACGUUUUGUAAAGAUUCGGAAGAGUUUAUAUGGCAAAGCAGUGAUGAAUUCCUCCUUUGGCAAAUACUAGAAAAUAACUGUAGGCCUAAAAAUCCUCUUCUGUGAAUACAGCUGAGUGGUGCUCUCUGUCUGGUGAGCCAUAGCCUCUUCUUUCUCGUCUUUCUCUGAGACUGAAGUUAAUCAAAAUAAAGCAGAUACAAUAUUUCGUUAUUCUACCAGUCAGCCACAGAUUGCUCCCUUAUAAGUGUGCGUGUGUGUGUGCUUGUGGCUGUACUUUGCUAAAUGAAUGGUUUAAUGAUGAAAUGCAGCUGGCAUGGCCAACCUCCAGUGUAGGCUCUUUGCAGUAGAGAAUAUUUCUUCCCUUCCGCCUACGUCCAGCUGCGUUCCCUCUGGGACUACCGCUGGAGGCGUGCCUCUUCGGUCACACCGUUGACACACUUUACACCAGGUGCAAAUUUUCGCACUCCCUCCAUGGCUUUUUUAUAUCUCUUUUUGUUAAAGAUGUUUGUAAAUGUGUCCUCAGAGAAUUUCCAGUACAAACUGGUAAGAUUCCCCUCUUGUUGAUACAAGAAACACGUGCUGCCAAAUAUUUAAGAUCACAAGAAUAUUGGGAGAGAAAUCCAUUAGCGAGCUUUGAAAAAUUAUUCCAGUACGUGCGGCCUUUUGAACACGUGUUUCUGGUGCAUACAUGGUUUGCACACUGGUAAUGUGGAUAUGAGCAGCUGAGCUAAAGGCAAAGACAAGUGGAAGUUUGUCCCAAUAUACUCACAUAUUAUUUCUUUGGGAUGAGUUUGAACAAGCUGAAUACAAAUCAGCCAAUUAAUUUUCUUGGCCUAAUUAAAGCGUAUCUGAUAAUACAGUGAGAAUGUUUUUAUUUUACAUGCUACUUUCCCUUCAAAAGUGUGGUGCAGUAGUGUGGUCAGAUGCAAAGAUUUUGACGUACUCUGCAGGACUCACCAUGUAGCUGCUGCCAUUUAGAAUAAAUCACAUUCCACUGUAGUUUUAAAAGGACAAAUUCUGCUCAACUUUUGCAUUUGGAUCAAAGACAGUAGAGAAAAAGAAGAAGCUGCACGGAUGCAGCAGUGCUGCUGUUGGAAAAACUGCACGAGGAACACCUAAAGAGUUCCUUGCAAAGCAGCUUAAGCUGUCACCUGAUCUCUCCCAUUUCUCAGUGCUUUACCUAGAUGUGGAAAGACACAAAGCCACUCGAGUGGGAGCAGCUAUAGGGUGGGAAUGAUGGAAAAACUGUCCACAGGCAAGAAACCUGCAAUAAACUCACACAGAACAAAGUUAUUCCAGCUGGAAGUAGUAGAUGAUAUUAAUAAAUGGUACCAACUGAUAUUUUGGUCGGAUCUUAAAUUAAGAUCUGUCUUACAGUAUUGUCUAGCAAAAUCAGUGCAAUUGGAGAGUGUGUAUGUUUCAUCCCCAAACAAAUAUUUUCAUGCUUUUUAAAUGUCUGUCAUAGCCUCAUCACUCCUUCCCUGUAGCUUUUUGUUGUCUGAAUGGGUAUACGGUUACGUGUGUCUGUUAAAAUAAAGGGGAUCCAUGUUCGUACAUGAUAUAUUUCUGUUUACAGAUUUUGAGUACCUAAUGCCUCAUUUUCACAAACUUCCUUCUCUCUCUAUCCCAAAGACCCUUUAGGCCUUCUGGGAUGAUAUAAAGGGUGGGAAAGACUUAAUGUGAAAUCUCUCCACCCUUGAAGUGAUAGAUCCCCUGAAAACAGUUUUACAGUCUGGCAUUAUUUUUGUUGUAUAGGUCAAAUGUUAGUGGUGACAUUGUUGCUUUAUGAUGCCUUUUGCAGAGCAGAAGUGCAGAAAAUUUUCCUUCAGAAGUUCAGAGUUUGUAUUACAAAAUCUUAUGAAAUGUGACUUGAAGUUUAUUUUAUUUUUGAGUAAAUGUGAUGGUUUUAAGAUUUUUUUUCCUUUCUUCCUUUCACCAAAUGAUUUAAAAUAUACACAAAUAAAGCAGACCAAUGGAAAACAG